AUGAGUAAAGUCCCCACCCCUAGGUGUAUUAUUGUGAGACACGGACAGACCGAGUGGUCCAAGUCGGGCCAUUACACGGGCAAGACGGACUUGCCCCUGACGAAGUACGGCGAGGGCCAGAUGCUGCGCACUGGGAAGUCCAUCUUCGAGAACAACAGGUUCAUCAACCCGAACCAUAUCACGUACGUGUUCACCUCCCCGCGGUUACGUGCGCGGAGGACCGUCGAGCUCGUGUUGAACCCGCUGACCGAGGAGCAAAGGUCCCGCUUCCGGAUCAUCGUGGACGAGGACCUGGCCGAGUGGGACUACGGUGACUACGAGGGGCUCGUCACGGACGAGAUCGUCGAGCUGAGACACUCCCGCGGGCUGGACAGGGAGCGGCCUUGGAACAUCUGGAGCGACGGGUGCGAGAACGGCGAGUCCACGCACGAGAUCGGCCUGCGUCUGUCCCGCGCGAUUGCCAGGAUCCAGAACCUACACAAAAAGCACUGGGAGGAAGGUAUCCCCUCGGACAUCAUGGUGUUCGCUCACGGCCAUGCAUUGCGGUACUUCGCUGCGUUAUGGUUCCAAUUGGGUGAGGAGAAGGCCUGUGAGACACCGGAGGAGCGUGCGAACCCGCACUCGUACGACGACGACACGGUCCCUUACGUGCAGCUGGAGAAGUACAACUACCUGAUCAAGAACCCGAACUUCCUGCUAGACGCAGGCGGGCUCGGCGUCCUGUCCUACGCGCACCGCAACCUCCACGAACCAUCUCUAGAACUGGCCGGCACGUUCUUGUGUCCACCAGAAGGAGGAGUCGGCAAACAUAGCAAGGUUGUCCCAUCAAGAAAUGAUGCUUGA